UUGCCUCAUACAUUUAGCUUUAGCCAAAAUUAGCCAGCUGUUGAAAUCAGAGAUAUCGUGCCGAAACGAGUGUUUUUCUUUUCAACUAACAGCCUACCUAACCGUUAUUGAUUUGGUGCUCCCUGGUUUACAGUGCCAAACAUGUAUAUAAAAGCUUUAUUCCGAUGCAGAGACAUGCUGAAAGGAGAACUGGUCGUGUGAAAUGCUGGCUAGCCUAAUCAAAGCUAGCUGACGGGCCGAGAAACGAAAGUGGCUAACAUUAACGAGAGAUAAGCUUAUCGCAACAAGCCGGGGUACUUUAACCUAUCUGCCACUGAAGCCACAAGAAGAAGCAGUGAUAGAGAUAGUUCUUUACCUACAAAGUAGCAGUGGGUCUCUCUAGGGCAGAGCUAUGGGUGCGUUCCUGGACAAGCCCAAGACAGAGAAGCACAACUCGCAUGGUGAGGGCAAUGGCCUGCGCUAUGGGCUGAGUUCCAUGCAGGGCUGGCGGGUGGAGAUGGAGGAUGCUCACACAGCUGUGUUGGGACUUCCUGCUCCUGGCAUGACUGACUGGUCCUUUUUUGCUGUGUACGAUGGUCACGCUGGCUCAAGGGUUGCCAACUACUGCUCUAAGCAUCUUCUGGAGCACAUAAUCAGUGCUAGUUUAGGGACUAAAGUCUCACAUGCAGGUUCAGACAGCUCAUCCAGUGACCCUCCAGUAUCGGGUCCUCCUACAGUGGAAGCUGUAAAAGGUGGGAUCCGGACAGGCUUCCUGAGGAUUGAUGAGCACAUGCGCAGCUUCUCUGACCUCCGAAAUGGCAUGGACCGUAGUGGCUCCACAGCAGUGGGAGUCCUCCUGUCACCCGAUCAUUUCUUCUUCAUUAACUGUGGUGAUUCUCGAGCAGUUCUAUACCGCAAUUCACAUGUGUGCUUCUCCACACUCGACCACAAGCCUUGCAACCCACGUGAGAGAGAGCGUAUCCAGAAUGCCGGUGGCUCAGUGAUGAUUCAGAGGGUUAAUGGCUCACUGGCCGUAUCGAGGGCUUUGGGGGACUACGAUUACAAGUGCGUGGAUGGGAAGGGCCCCACAGAGCAGCUGGUCAGCCCCGAACCAGCAGUGUUUGACAUGGUUCGGGCCCCAGAACAGGAUCAGUUUGUGAUCCUGGCCUGUGAUGGCAUCUGGGAUGUCAUGUCUAAUGAGGAGCUGUGCGAGUUUGUGAAAUCUAGGCUUGAGGUGUCUGAUGACCUAGAGAGAGUGUGCAAUGAAGUAGUGGACACCUGCCUGCACAAGGGGAGUCGGGAUAACAUGAGUGUUGUGUUAGUGUGUUUGCCCAAUGCUCCCAAAGUGUCGGAGGAGGCCGUGAGGAAGGACGCUGAGCUCAACAAAUAUCUGGAGUCUCGAGUGGAAGAGAUGCUGUCUCGGGAGGAGGGAUUUCCAGACCUGGUAGCAGUGAUGAGGAACCUAUCCACUGACCACGGCAUGCCACCUCUGCCACCAGGGGGAGGCCUCGCCAGCAAACGCAGCGUUAUUGAAGCAGUAUACAACCGUCUGAACCCGUACGGGGAGGAAGAUGGGAACGGAGCCGAGUUGGAGUACCACUGGUAGCUGUCCAGCACAACUGCCUGAUCCAAAAAAGAAAAGAAAAAGAGGACCACUUUUCCACACAAGAUCACAUCCAAAGUCACCUAUUAGUUUCCUCUGGGAUGUUUUUUGUGAUUUAGUUUCCCCUCUCCCACACUGAUCAAUUGAAGCAGAGAUCCCAGUUUUUCAAAACAAACAACACAUCCAAUGUGGAGGACUCCAAAGUUGUUGGUUCUUUUUGUAGAACAAAACAGGGACAAAAUAUAACAAAAUUGCAUUGAUGGUGUGAACGCAGAACUUCAUAUACAGUAUAUCAGGAGAGGCACAGUUUCUCUUGCCCCUUGCUUUCUUUGUGGUGGUUGUUUUUGUUGUGAAUUGACAGACAUCAUUUUGUUGCUCUAUGGAGAAGGGAGGACCUCACAACUCAACAGCCAGCCAGCCAGUCUUUAAGAAACCAGCCACUGAUGGAUGUGUGUAAGACACUGAACAGACUAAAGUGGUUUGUUGGCUGCAUUUGUUUUUGGCAUUAUUUGUUUUGAAGCGUGAACUUGCACCUGACUGGCAGCCAUUCGACCACACAAACCUGCUACUCCCACACACCUCAAGCUACGCUGAGGGCAUUACUGGUACAGAAAUGGGGCCCAACACUUCACCUGCCCACGCGCCUGGCUUGCUGGGAAAGCCUAACAGAACUUACAGAUUUAAAACUACGAAAUCCUUGCUAUUCAUCCUUUUAACCCCUCUGGGUUAAAACCUCAAAUUCAGGGUCCAAGAGUCCAUCACCUGGGUCUACACACCUGAAGACAGUAUGGCUCAUCCAUACUGUGUUCAUACUAAAACAGGACAUUGGUUGGUGCGCCUGGCUGCAGAUAGGAAUAACAUGGAGGAUGUUUAAACUUUUCUUGCACAUCGCUGCUCACUUUCUCUCCUCCUGUCUCUUAAAAGAUGUUAUCAAACAGUAGAUUUCUCACUCUUCCCCUCUGUCUUUUCACUCUUCUGUCAUUUGCAUUGGCAGACAGAAUCAUAAACGUUUGAGCCUGCUGUUGUUUAAGAAAUAGAAAAAUAGAAAUGAUUAUAUAUUGAAUUCAUAAAUAUAUAUAUAGAUAUAGAGAUAUAUAUCUAUAUAUAGAGAUAUAUAUAUAUCUAGAGAGAGAGAUAUAUAGAUAGAUAUAUUUUGAUUGGUUUGUUUCAUCUUAAUUCCCAGCCAUGGUAUUAUUUGUGGCCCUUUGUGCAUGUGGUCUGUGUGUUUUUGUAGACUAAAACAGUUAAAACAGUUGCGCACAGUGUUCCCACAAACCGUUCCAAAGACACGGUUGGGGUAAAGGAAUUCCAGCCUCACCACCUUCUUCCCCCUUUCUUUUCAAUACGCACAUAAAAUCCUGCUUCUUCUACAACUUGUCUUUUCUAUCUUUGAAAUAUCCUGUGUUAAAAAAAAAACAAAAAAACAAAACAAAACAAAUAAUGCCUUUUUUGUUUGUUUUUUGAUUGAAAACAAUUCCAUUUGUUUUUUAUUUUAUAUUUUUUUUCUUUAAAAAAAGUUUUUCUUUUCAUAGUGCUGUGGUCCUUUUUUCAGAUGGAUAAGAAAAUGACGAGGGGAGCACGAAAUAUACCUUGUAUAGCUGUUGGGGAGAAAGAAAUAGGUUUAUGGAGUUUCAGUGUAUGAAGUAAAGGAGGGACACCAUAGGACAGAAGAGAAUAGGCCCUACACCCAGAGCUGUGUUCACACUUACUGAAAUUGCUCUCCUUACGUUUUCCACAGCUACCUUUUUAUAGACUUUGCCUCAAAGGCACAGGGCCGGGUGUUGGGGAAAGCCCCGGUAUGACUCUUUGGAAUGACCAGGAGUUCAUAUUAUAUCAUAUUAUUCUGUCAACCCAAGCACUAAGAAGUGACUGAAAGUUCAGAAACAAAUAUUUGUCCGGAAAAAGCCUCUUCUUUUUUUAAACAAAUGUCUUUUUUUUAUUUUUUUAUUUUAUUUUAUUUUAAGAAAUGUGCUCAUAGACCAAGUCUAUUGACAUACUUCUCACGUGUGUUCUUUCCUGUAGAUGCAUUUAAAAUAGGCUAAAAUUAUAUACACAACUGUAAUAUACACUUCUCUUUUUUUCAAUCUUUUGAUGGCAAAUUCAUUGUGCUUUCUGAAGUGGCAGUACUGAAAGAGAAUAGGCCUAACAGGUUGCUGGCUGAUAAAUGUUCUUGUGGUACACUUGCUCUCGGUGCCAUAUGACAAAUAGGUACUUGAAUGUGUAGUUCUUUUGCAGUUGCAUUGUUUUAAUGGGAUGAUUGAUUUUUCUUUGUUUGUGGUGGAGGGAGUGGGAGGGAUGGGAUCUUUAUAGUUGUGCAUGUUUUGUGAUUGAGGGAGAAGUGUAUUUUGUGUGAGUGGGAGUACUGGCCAGAUGGGGAUAAUGCUGGCAGGUUCAGUGUGGUGGAACACAAUGUUGGAGAGGAAAUGUAUGAAAGAACAGCAUAGAGAAAAGUGGAACACAUAGCAGGAUAUUAUUUUUAUUUACAGUCAUUUUUAAUCGCUACUUGUUGUUUUAAGAUGUAAAUUCAGUUUGAAAUUGAAUCAUUCCCAUUGUGGACCGUUAUUUCAAAAUUCAUAUUUGCUGACUUCUUAACAUUUGGUUUUACCACACUGAACUGAGUCUUCCGUUUAGGUUUAUGUUUAAGCUGUAUCAGACACUGGGCUAGGAGAGGAAUUAAUUGGAGGAAAGGAGGGAGAAUCCUUUUUUUUUGUUGUUGUUGUUUUUGAAUGUAAUUUUACAAUAUUCACACUGUUUCCACUGCAUGGACUGAAUAUAAGCAGCACUGCAGCAUCACAUUCCCUCCUCAUCAGUCAUUCAAUGACUGAUGAAAAACAAGCUAUCUUUGCUUCCCUUUGUUUUGAAAAAUAUGUGAUCAUUGUUCUGUUUGUGGAAUAUAAUCUCACCAGGGAAGACGUCUCACUUUUUCGAAGGAGACUUUGGAGGUUUGGUGAUGCCCGAAUAAUUUUAUUUGUUGCUUUGAUUUCAGGAUAUGUCGAGUAAAGAGAAUUUUACAAAGCAUAUUGUCUCCUCAGCCGGUCAGUUAUUCUGGGUCCGGCUGGGUGAGUGUGACCGUGAGGAUGCCAGAAAGCAGGCGAGAAUUUGGAAACGGCUACUAGAAGCAAAAGACAAAUGACAUUCCUCAUGUUGGCUUUUUAGGUCUGAAAAUGAACCCUUUUACUCUCUGCCACCUCCUUCUGUUGUUUCUGGUCACUCUUUAUGUAGACAUACUGUUAAAAUUGACAGAUGUGUGAUAGCAGUGAUAAAUUCCACACCUGUUUUUAUUUAUUCCUGUGCUUUUUAGCUCUUGGUAAGCUGGUUUGCAUUUGAGAGUAAUGAAUGCCCUCCUUUGACCUUUGGAGAAGGCUAAAGGAAGGGGAGGUUUAUAAAACACCCAUGGGUAUUCAUCAUGCCUUCUUCCUGUACUAAUUUCCCAGUAUGCUAUUGUGAUGUUACAGACCAUACAGUGAACAUAAACGUCAAUAAAAGAUGGAUUUAAGUUAAA